UUCAAUGACCCAAUGCCAAAAACUGAAAAACAAAAAAAACAAAAAAAAAGGGGAAAAAAAAAAGAAAAGAAAGAAAGAAAAAGAAAUCCAUAAUUUUGUUUCUCUCUCUAAAAACCAGAGCUCAAAGCUCCAUCUUUUUUUUUUCUUCUCUCUAAUGGAGGUGCUCACACCCUAAACACCUUCUUCCUUUGUCCCCUCUUAAUCUCUUCCUUAUAUGAGAACAAAAAAAAUCAAAUUUAUCCACAAAAAAUGAGACCUUUCUUUGCCUUAGGGACUUACUUUUGCCCCCUUACUCUUAGCUUCAUCGCCACCUUUCUCGUCUAUGUCGAAGCUGUUGGUGUUUCUUCUUCUUAUUAUAACAGUAAAGAUUCUCAGUUAUUGCUCAACUUUAAAGCUAGUUUGGCUGACCCAUCUCUUCUUCAAAACUGGGUUCCUAACGGAGACCCUUGUAGUUUCGAUGGUAUCAAAUGCCAAGACUCCAAAGUUUCAUCGAUUCAACUCAGUUAUAUCCCUUUAAGCACUGAUUUUCACUACGUUGCUGCUUUCCUUUUAGCCCUUGAGAAUUUGGAAUCCAUUUCUUUGUUCAAAGCCAACAUCUCCGGCAACAUUUCUUUCCCUUCUGGAUCCAAGUGUAGCUCCUCGUUGAACACCUUGGAUCUAUCUCAAAACACCUUGUCUAGUUCCCUUUCGACUGUUUCCAGCUUGGCUUCUUGCUCGAACUUGAAGGUUCUGAAUUUAUCAAGCAAUAGUCUCGAGUUUGCAGGUGAUGAAUCCAGGGGUUUGCAGCUAAGUUUGCAAGUCCUCGAUAUGUCUUUCAACAAGAUUUCCGGUGCGAACGUGGUUCCUUGGAUUCUCUACGGUGGUUGCAGCGAGUUAAAGGUCUUGGCUUUGAAAGGAAACAAGAUUACCGGCGAAAUCGAUGUCUCGAAUUGCAAGGAAUUGGAGUUUUUGGAUCUUUCAUCCAACAAUUUCUCGACGGGGAUUCCUUCAUUCGGAGACUGUUCGGCUUUGGAACAUCUUGAUAUCUCCGGCAACAAGUUUUCAGGCGAUAUAGGCCGUGCGAUUUCUUCAUGUGUCAACAUUAAUUUCUUGAACCUAUCGAGCAACCAGUUUUCGGGUCAGUUUCCUACUUUGCCAGCUUCCAAUUUGCAGCGUCUUUAUUUAGCUGAAAACGACUUCCAAGGAGAGAUUCCUCAGUAUCUCACUCAAGCUUGUUCUUAUCUCGUUGAGCUGGAUCUUUCUUUUAAUAAUCUAUCUGGUCUGAUUCCCAGUGGCUUUGCUUCUUGCACUUCUUUGGAAUCAUUCGAUGUAUCAAGCAACAACUUCACUGGUAAUCUCCCUAUUGGGAUAUUCCAAAAUAUGAGUUCCUUGAAGGAGCUUGGUCUAGCUUUCAAUCAUUUCUCUGGUCCAUUGCCUGAAUCUUUAUCAACUCUUUCAAACCUGGAGGUUUUGGAUCUCAGUUCAAACAACUUUUCAGGGCAAAUUCCGGAUUCUUUAUGCGAAAAUCCCACAAACAGGUUACAAGUUCUGUAUUUACAGGACAAUAUCUUAUCUGGGUCGAUUCCAGCUAGCCUCAGCAACUGUUCUCAGCUUGUUUCACUCCAUUUGAGCGUCAAUUAUCUCACUGGAACCAUUCCUUCAAGCUUGGGUUCUCUAUCAAAGCUUAAGGAUUUGAAGCUUUGGUUGAAUCAGCUCCAUGGAGGGAUCCCUCAAGAGUUGAGUAAAAUCCAGACACUCGAGACUUUGAUUCUUGACUUCAAUGAACUGACUGGGACUAUACCUUCUGGUUUAAGCAACUGUACCAAGUUGAAUUGGGUCUCGUUGUCGAACAACCGAUUGACGGGCGAGAUUCCGGCUUGGUUUGGCAAGUUUUCGAGUCUUGCGAUUCUCAAGCUCAGCAAUAACUCUUUCUAUGGAAGAAUCCCACCAGAACUCGGAGAUUGUAAAAGUUUGAUAUGGUUGGACCUUAAUACCAAUAACUUGAAUGGGACUAUCCCUAAUGUGCUUUUCAAACAAUCUGGUAAGAUUGCUGUUAAUUUCAUUGCUGGGAAGAGGUAUAUGUAUAUCAAGAAUGAUGGAAGCAGAGAGUGCCAUGGGUCUGGAAAUUUACUUGAAUUUGCUGGAAUUCGAUCGGAAGAUUUGAAUCGAAUUUCGGAUAGGAACCCCUGCAACUUUACAAGAGUUUACGGCGGUCACACACAGCCUACCUUUAACAACAAUGGCUCCAUGAUUUUCCUUGAUCUUUCGUACAAUUUGUUGUCUGGGACUAUUCCAAAGGAGGUCGGCUCGAUGUCUAAUCUGUUUAUUUUGAAUUUAGGCCACAACAAUUUAUCUGGAGCCAUCCCUCAAGAGAUUGGCAACUUAAAGGGUCUUGGCAUUCUUGAUCUUUCGUACAACCGGCUCGAAGGGUCGAUUCCACAAUCAAUGACUGGCAUUUCGAUGCUUAGUGAGAUUAAUCUGUCAAAUAACCUUUUAUCUGGUAUGAUUCCUGAUGAAGGUCAGCUGGAAACAUUUCCGGCUAAUAAUUUCUUAAACAAUUCGGGUCUCUGUGGUGUACCUCUUCAACCCUGCGAAAAAGAUCAGGCAGCUAGUUCGAAUGCCGAGCAUCGAAAGUCGAACCGCAGGCAAGCUUCUCUUGCAGGGAGUGUCGCAAUGGGAUUGUUGUUCUCUCUGUUCUGCAUCUUCUGUUUGAUUGUAGCCAUUGUGGAAACGAAGAAAAGAAGCAAGAAAGAUUCUGAUCUCGAUGUUUACAUUGAUGGUCUUACUCAUUCUGGAACUGCAAAUACCAGUUGGAAGCUAACCAGUGCACGAGAAGCAUUGAGCAUAAACCUCGCUGCAUUCGAGAAGCCCCUACGGAGGCUCACGUUUGCCGAUCUUCUUGAAGCCACUAAUGGCUUCCAUAACGACAGCCUUGUCGGUUCCGGUGGUUUCGGUGAUGUAUACAAGGCACAACUGAAAGACGGGAGCGUUGUUGCGAUCAAGAAACUAAUACAUAUCAGUGGCCAAGGUGACCGAGAAUUCACAGCGGAGAUGGAAACCAUCGGGAAAAUCAAGCACCGGAACCUUGUUCCGCUCUUGGGGUACUGUAAAGUUGGCGAAGAACGUCUUCUGGUUUACGAGUACAUGAAGUACGGAAGCUUAGAAGAUGUUUUACAUAAUCAAAAGAGAACCGGGAUCAAACUGCAAUGGGCUGCAAGGAGAAAGAUCGCCAUUGGAGCUGCAAGAGGACUUGCGUUUCUUCACCAUAACUGCAUUCCUCAUAUAAUUCAUAGAGAUAUGAAAUCGAGCAACGUCCUGCUUGACGAGAACUUGGAGGCUAGGGUCUCAGAUUUCGGGAUGGCAAGGCUUAUGAGUGCAAUGGAUACGCAUUUAAGUGUCAGUACAUUAGCUGGUACCCCUGGCUACGUUCCCCCUGAAUACUACCAUAGUUUUCGAUGUUCCACCAAAGGCGAUGUUUACAGUUACGGUGUAGUUUUGCUCGAGUUGCUAACAGGGAAAAGGCCUACGGGUUCCGCCGAUUUCGGGGAUAACAAUCUUGUUGGGUGGGUGAAACAGCAGGCUAAACUUCGAGAAACCGCCGUCUUUGAUCCCGAGCUCAUCAACGAGGACCCAAGCCUUGAGAUGGAGCUUUCACAACACUUAAAAAUAGCCUCAGCUUGCUUGGAUGAUCGACCAUCGAAACGACCAACGAUGAUUCGAGUAAUGGCAAUGUUCAAGGAAAUACAAGCAGGGUCCGGACUCGACUCAGAAUCAACCAUCGGCACCGACGAUGGCUGUUUUAAUGCUGUCGAAAUGGUAGACAUGACCAUUAAAGAAGUCCCUGAAGGUAUGUAGUAGCCAGUAGAUAAAUCCAGUUGAACCAAAUUUUCACAUGAGAUUCUUUUAAGAUAUGAAGAAUGAAGCUCCCACAAAAAAAAAAAGGGCCAUAAAAUUGCCCCCCCCCAUGUAUCUUUACCAUUUGAUGUAUGUAUGCAUGCAAAAGAAAAAAAAAAACAGGCUGUUUUAGCUUGUUAUAAAUGUGUAAAUAUACACUUCCCAGUUGUUAUGCUGUUUUAUUCCUCAUUUUUUUUUCUUAUAGAAAAACUUUGUUUUAUUAA